UCAACUGCAAAAAAAAAUAAAACAGUUAAAGUAUAUAUAUACAUAUAUACCUACACGCGCACAUACACUCAAGCACGCAUCUACAAUGUUCUCCAUUAGCAUGGGAAGAGGCUACCUUCCAUUGAUAUUUUGCAAAGCGCCUGUGCAACCGGAUAUCAAUUCCCGCGACCAUAAUAUUCUGACAAUGCAUUCUUGUCUGCAUAUUAACGAGAGUUAUCAGCUGACAUUGGCAUACAAGUGUUUCUUACUUUAGACGUCUUGUUGACAUUUAUAAUGUUAAAAAUAAAGUAAGUUGUUACAUGGAAUGAAUACAGUCCUGCUUCUAUAAAUCUGUGAAGGAAUAGAUGAGAUCACUAGCAAAGUUCCUCUACUUCACUGCCUCAAAUAUGUUUGCAAGUAGCUUGUGUUCUACUUAAAGUUGGACAUAAUUAGAAAAGAGUUUACAGUAUCUUCAGGCAUCAACAGAAAUUACAUGUGAUGGGAAUAUAGCUGUAAAGAAAAUACAAGAACAAGUGUCAGGGAAGAAUAAUUAUGGAAAGUGAAUUCUGGGAGGAACCAAUUCAAAUCAAAACAGAAUCUGACAGCGCUGGUUUUCCAGAUGAGAUGCAGAAAGAGAGAGAAGAAACAUCAUCUUCCAGUGAUGUCAAUGAAAAGUUAUUCUCUCAUAAACAUAACCUAACUGAUCACAAACUCAUUCAUACCAGAGAGAAAUCAUAUCAUUGUGAUGUCUGUGGUAAAUCCUUUUCAACAAGUAGUUCCUUAAAUACUCACAUACGUAUUCAUACGAGAGAGACACCAUAUCACUGCGAUACCUGUGGUAAAUCCUUUUCAACAAGUAGUUCCUUAAAUACUCACAAACAUAUUCAUACGGGAGAGACACCAUAUCACUGCGAUACCUGUGGUAAAUCCUUUUCAACAAGUAGUUCCUUAAAUACUCACAUACGUAUUCAUACGAGAGAGACACCAUAUCACUGCGAUACCUGUGGUAAAUCCUUUUCAACAAGUAGUUCCUUAAAUACUCACAUACGUAUUCAUACGGGAGAGACACCAUAUCACUGCGAUACCUGUGGUAAAUUCUUUUCUACAAGUAGUUCCUUAAAUGCUCACAAACAUAUUCAUACAGGUGAGAAACCAUAUCACUGUGAUAUCUGUGGUAAAUCAUUCUCUGGAAAUAGUAACUUAAAUACUCACAGACUUGUUCAUACGGGAGAGAAACCAUUUCACUGUGGUAUCUGUGGUAAGUCGUUCUCUAGAAAUAGUACCUUAUAUAAACACAAAUUUAUUCAUACUGGAGAGAAACCAUAUCACUGUGAUAUCUGUGGUAAAUUCUUUUCUACAGCUAGUUCCUUAAUUACUCAUAAACAUAUUCAUUCAGGAGAGAAGUCAUAUCAUUGUGAUAUCUGUGGUAAAUCUUUCUCUACAAAUGGUAACUUGAAUAGUCACAAACGUAUUCAUACAGGUGAGAAACCAUAUCACUGUGAUAUCUGUGGUAAAUCAUUCUCUGAAAAUAGUGCUUUAUAUAAACACAAAUUUAUUCAUACAGGAGAGAAACCGUACCACUGUGACAUCUGUGGUAAAUCAUUCUCUGGAAAUAGUAACUUAAAUACUCACAAACGUAUUCAUACAGGAGAGAGACCAUAUCAUUGUCAUAUCUGUGGUAAAUCCUUUUCUGCAAGUAGUUCCUUAAAUGCUCACAGACUUAUUCAUACAGGUGAGAAACCAUAUCGCUGUGAUAUUUGUGGUAAAUCAUUCUCUGGAAAUAGUACCUUAUAUAAACACAAAUUUAUUCAUACAGGAAGGAAACCAUUCCACUGUGAUGUCUGUGGUAAAUCAUUCUCUGAAAAUUGUAUAUUAAAUACUCACAAACGUAUUCAUACAGGAGAGAGACCAUACCAUUGUGAUAUCUGUGGAAAAUCAUUUUCUAAAAGUAGUAACUUAAAUAGUCACAAACGUAUUCAUACUGGAGAGAAACCAUAUCAUUGUGGUAUCUGUGGUAAAUCAUUUUCUAAAAGUAAUAACUUAAAUAGCCAUACACGUAUUCAUACUGGUGAGAAACCAUAUCGUUGUGAGAUCUGUGGUAAAUCAUUCCCAGUUCCAUGUAAACUAAGGGCACACAAAUAUAAUAUUCAUACAAGAGAAAAAUCAAAGUGAUGUAAUACUUGUGACAAAUCAUUCUGUCAAAAUGUUCGCUUAAACAAACACAUACAGAUUCCUAUGGGAGAAAAACCAUCCUUUAAGGGAUGUUUGCAUUCCAGUUCUCCAGUGUUCAGUGAAAACUAAAUACAUUAGUUUUGCAUUGAUGGAUAUGGCUAUUUAAAUUAUUUAUGAAUGAGAAAAGGAAGAGUCUAUCAAGGGUCGACCAAUAUGUUAGAAUGUAACUCCUUUCUGGUAAAUCUUCCCCUGACAAAAUACCCUAUUAACCAGUUUCAAUUUGAAAAUUUUAAAUUUAUUAAAUUUCUCUAAUUGAAUUAAUUGGCUAUGGAAAUGGCUGUAGGGAUAAGAAUUUCAUAUUAUAUUGAUUUGAAUAUCUUUGAAUAAACUGAUGUCUAUAUGUCAA